AUGAAACCAACUAGUAUUAUACAGCUGGCAUUGGUAUUAGUGACAGUAUUUAUUAUAAAUAAUAGUCAAGCAUUUAAAUCUGAUACACAGGUCAUCACAGAUUUACAAUAUUACAUAUGGGCUCAUUCAGCUGGUAACAAUGAUUUUAUUCAUGGACAAUAUGGAUUUACAUUUUAUGGAGAACUUAGUGGUGAUUAUUCACCAGCCAAAUUUUCAGGAGUUCCAUUGGUAGCACCAGCCAAUUCAUAUCUUACAUUUGAUGCAUACCAAUUCAAGUACUUUUAUAUUAACCAGAAAGCCACUGCACAACCCAAUAAUAUCUUUAUCGAUCUUUUACCAAAUCAAGCCAACAAAGGUGCCAACACGUAUGCUCCAACCAUGGUACUACAGACCAUGUUCAAAGAGUAUGAUACUCCAUUCCACUCGGAGAGUAUGGGUAUAAAGUCAUUGUUUUAUUUCACAACCGGAGGCUUUAAACCCACCGUUGCUCCACAACCUAUACGUUACUUGUACACUCUUCAUCAUCCAUGUUCCAUCUGUUCCUCCAAGAUCAAGUCACCCAAUUUCAUAAAUAGUCGUGCAAGUGAUGCUAUUCGUGCCGAUAUUAUCAAUGGAAAGGGUGGUACGUAUCCACCACCAACCACCGAUGUAACCUAUUGGAUUGAUAGUGGUGAAAGUGUAAAUAAUUUAUUAUAUCCUGCUAAUCCUGUAAAUGAUCAUCUUUAUAUGGUUUUUUCAAGACAAUGGGAUAGUGAUUAUUGUCAUUAUUUUAAUGUUAGACAACUUGUAUCACAACCAGGUAUUCAGGUGGUUGCAGCAGCAACCAAUAGAUUCAAAGUACUCAAAGACAAUUAUCAAAAUAUUUUGGUAGAUUCACUUCUUGGCAACUCGAUGGUAUUGAAUAGAAACCCAGUCAAGGGAGGUAACCCAGUCAGUGUAAUGUUCACAUUUGGAACGACUUCUACCGACGAGUAUGUAUGGCAAUACGUAGUUGACCAAGCCUACAAUUAUUUCACAGUCAACAAGAUGAAGAAUUUCAAAUCAACUAGUAACUGGAUCCAAUUCCUAAAGGCUGGUGGUUACCCUGAAGAAUCAAUUCAAACGGUUAUUUUAGCUUUAAAUGCUGCGAGAGAAGAAGAUUGUUGGUGGAGUCAGACAAUAUUUAGAAUGGUAUCAGGAUUUGAUACAAGUGGACAAAAGAUUAAAAAACCAAUGCAAAUUAAACGUACAUUGAUUCCAAUUACUCAUCCAUUUGGCAAUACAGUGCCAACGUGCAAGGUUGCAACCAACAAGUUCCCAUGUGUCUCUACGUCACCCAACUUUAUACCAGAAAAGUUAUCGUUCCCUCCAGCUUGUGAAAUUCAAGUACCCGAUGCAUGGGCCAACGUAAUCUUCCAAUCUGGCCUAACACCAGACGAACAAAAAACAACCAACAAGGAUGACUAUGUCAACAAAAUCACUGCCAUCUAUAUCAAAAACUUUGAUAGACAUUAUGCCAAUAGAGAUGCUGGUGAUCAAGUUGCUCAAUGUGCAAGUGUUAAUCAAUAA